GGAAUGGCUACUCAACGCACGGUGUGCUUGGGGCUGGUGCUGCUGGCGGCCGUGGGGGUCCUGCAGAGCCAGGCCCAGGCCCCGGUCCUGGUGCAGCCCAAAUUCCAACAGGACAAGUUCCUGGGGCGCUGGUUCACUGCGGGCCUCGCCUCCAACUCGAGCUGGUUCCGCGAGAAGAAGGCGGUGAUGACCAUGUGUCUGUCAGACGUGGCCCCCACGGCCGAGGGCGGCUUCAACAUCACCACCAUCUUCCUCAGGAAGAACCAGUGCGAGACACGGAGCCUGCUUCUGCAGCCCGCCGGCAGCCCCGGCAGCUACAGCUACAUCAGCCCCCACUGGGGCAGUACCUACUCAACGUGGGUGGUGGAGACAGACUACCAGGAGUUUGCGCUGCUGUACAGCGAGGGCACCAAGGGCCCCGGGCAGGACUUCCGCAUGGCUACGCUCUACAGCCGCAGCCAAACCCCCAAGGAGGAGCUGAAGGAGAAGUUUAGCACCUUCUGCCAGGCCCAGGGCUUCCCCGAGGAUGCCAUGAUCUUCCUGCCACGCAACGACAAGUGCCUCAAGGAGCAGGACUAGGUGAGCCCUGC